AUGGGCGCCUAUCUCUAUGGGCGCCUAUCUCUACGGGCGCCUAUCUCUAUGGGCGCCUAUCUCUAUGGGCGCCUAUCUCUAGGGGCGCCUAUCUCUAGGGGCGCCUAUCUCUAUGGGCGCCUAUCUCUAUGGGCGCCUAUCUCUAGGGGCGCCUAUCUCUAUGGGCGCCUAUCUCUAUGGGGGCCUAUCUCUAUGGGCGCCUAUCUCUAUGGGCGCCUAUCUCUAUGGGCGCCUAUCUCUAUGGGCGCCUAUCUCUAUGGGCGCCUAUCUCUAUGGGCGCCUAUCUCUAUGGGCGCCUAUCUCUAUGGGCUCCUAUCUCUAUGGGCGCCUAUCUCUAGGGGCGCCUAUCUCUAUGGGCGCCUAUCUCUAUGGGCGCCUAUUUCUAUGGGCGCCUAUCUCUAUGGGCGCCUAUCUCUAUGGGCGCCUAUCUCUAUGGGCGCCGAUCUCUAUGGGCGCCUAUCUCUAUGGGCGCCUAUUUCUAUGGGCGCCUAUCUCUAUUGGCGCCUAUCUCUAGGGGUGCCUAUCUCUGGGUGCCUAUCUCUAGGGGCGGCUAUCUCUAUGGGCACCUAUCUCUAUGGGCGCCUAUCUCUAGGGGCGCCUAUCUCUAUGGCCGGCUAUCUCUUUGGGCGCCUAUCUCUAGGGGCGCCUAUCUCUUGGGGCGCCUAUCUCUAUGGGCGCCUAUCUCUAUGGGCGCCUAUCUCUAUGGGCGCCUAUCUCUAUGGGCGCCUAUCUCUAGGGGUGCCUAUCUCUAUGGGGCGCCUAUCUCUGGGCGCAUAUCUCUAUGGGCGCCUAUCUCUAGGGGCGCCUAUCUCGAUAGGCGACUAUCUCUUUGGGCGCCUAUCUCUAUGGGCGCCUAUCUCUAUGGCCGCCUAUCUCUUGGGGCGCCUAUCUCUAGAGCGCCUAUCUUUAGCGGCGCGUAUCUCUAGGGGCGCCUAUCUCUAUGGGCGCCUAUCUCUAGGGGCUCCUAUCUCUAUGGGCACCUAUCUCUAUGGGCGCCUAUCUCUAUGGGCUCCUAUCUCUAUGGGCACCUAUCUCUAUGGGCGCCUAUCUCUAGGGGGGCGCCUAUCUCUAGGGGCGCCUAUCUCUAUGGGCGUCUAUCUCUAUGGGCGCCUAUCUCUAGGGGCUCCUAUCUCUAUGGGCGGGCGCCUAUCUCUAGGGGCGCCUAUCUCUGUGGGCGCCUAUCUCUAUGGGCGCAUAUCUCUAUGGGCGCCUAUCUCUAUGGGCGCCUAUCUCUAUGGGCACCUAUCUCUAUGGGCGUCUAUCUCUAUGGGCACCUAUCUCUAG